AUGGGCGCAUCCUCUGCCUCACUGUUCCUGGAGCUGCUGAAACGGGUUCCACAGCAGCCAUCGCAUCAGCAGCAGAACAGCAUUCAAUCGGUCACGUACACGGCACCAGUCUUCCCGCAUCCGGCAGCAGAGAACUCCUCUUCAGGAACCGGUGGGGAGCCCGUGCUCGUAUGGAUGCCAUACCAGCACAAUGCCCUGACGAGCCUCAUCUCAUCGCUCUUCAUCCAGGAGAACUUGAGGCGCAAGGGCAAUGUGCUGCUCGCGAACCUUGCCCUCGCCAACCUGCUCGUGUCAUCGGUCGGCUUCCCUGUGACAAUCGUGGCCAUUCUGGCCGGCAGCCAGGGCAGCUUAAUCACCUGUCGCUGGCAGUGGUACCCAGCGCUAUUGGGCUUCUACACCACAGUGUUCACCUUCCUAUUCAUCGCGGCCGAAAACUACGUGCGCAGUUGUCGCCAGGACCGGGACGUCUACUCGUCCGUGUGCGGCGCAAAGCUGGUCGUCUUCCUAAUGUUGGCAGCCUGGACGAUCGCAAUCUCGCUGGUUCUUGUCGUCACUCUGGUGACGGGUGGCCUAGAUGUCUGUGAACGGGACAUGCGCGAAAGUAAAAUGUUCGUAGCGCUGUGUGUUCCUUUCGCACUCACCGUCGCGGUGUUCGCCAAGGCCAUGCACGAACAACGGGACUAUACAUACAACCUGGAGCUGCGAAACUGCCUGGCCACUCGCGAGGAGAUACUCCAGCGAACCCUUCUGCGUACCAACGCCAUUGCGUACGCCCUGUUCCUCCUUCUUUGGCUUCCUUUUCUGCUAACGGUCAUCAUCAGCCCAUCCAUGCGGAGCUCCAACCCAGGCACAUCAGCUGUCGAGACGCUUUUCUUCACCGCCCAAUGCUUCAGCUGCAUCUGCGGCUGCGUGUACGCAUUCACACACGACGCAUUCCGCCAGGGCUUUCUGUACUUGGUCCACUAUUUCUGCUGCAAGAGUCACCCCGAGUUCAGCAAGCCGCCUAUCGGUGACAACAAGACAACCAGCUCGAUCAGAGUGCACGUGGGUAUGGAUUCUCGCGUCGGGGAGCGCAGGCAUCGCUACGGCAAGGCUGCGACUAUGGGCCUACUCAGUUUUGCUGGAGCAGACACCUGCCGGACUCGCGUAGAGGAGGACUUCCUCUGA